AUGAUGGACCUGGAUUCUGGACGUAUCAUUGAUUUUUGCCUUGAGCAGGUUUGCACUGGGGUAUCUUCAGUGGCACUUGAGAAGAAAGCUUUCAAGAAGUGCCUGUCAAACUUGCUGUCAAGAAAUGUUAAGGAACAUGCUGUUAAUUUAGAAAAAUACAUUGCAGAAGAAUUUGCAAAACUGCACCAGUUUCUUCAUGACAAGGAACAAAAACUCAUUCAACAACUUAACAGUAAAGCAUCAGAAAUUCUGAAAGAGAUAGAAGAAAAAUUUGAAUGCAUUAAAACUGGUGUUACAGAAAUCCACUCAGCAGUGUCUGAUAUUAGCUUGGAAAUCAAAAAAGAAGUAGACAUUCUGGAAGAGAGAAAUGACACAGACAGUCUGGCAACCACUGAGGAAUCUGUGUCGGGUGACACCUCAGAACAUGGAAAACGCAAAACUAAUGGAGUUCUGUCAGCUCCAGAAUCCUUUGAGGAUGUUGCUGUUACUUUCUCAGCAGAGGAGAUGAAGAUGUUAACAAAACAAGACAAGGAGCUUCAUAAGGAAGUGAUGUUAGAGAACUAUGAAACUUUAGUUUCAGCAGGUUACAAGAUCCCCCCAGAAACAUUGUUAGUGCUACUUAAAGAAGAUAACACUGAACUGCAAGUGAAUGACGAGGGGGUAAACAGAACAGAACAAAAGAAUAAGAAUAAUUUUAAAGAAAAGCCUGACAGUAAGUGA